AUGAAAAAAGUUUUAUGCUUUUUGCUUGUGAUAGGAAUAUCAUUCAGUUUAACAUCAUCAAUUACUGAAUGUCAAUGUGCUCAAUUACUUUCAAAAUCGGAUUGUAAAGGAACUGUCUCUCCUCCAGUUGUAGCAUCAUUUACAACUUACUGCUAAAGUUUUACAAAAGCAGAUUGUGUAAAAACAAAUGGGUGUUUAUGGGAUACAGAUAAAUGUACUCAUUUUACAGGAUGCAUACCAUUUAACAAGACCACUGAUGAUGAAUGCAAAGCAAUAUCUGAUAAAUGUAUAACAGAUGGAACACACUGUGUAGAGAAAGCUAAAUGCGAUUCAUAUUUAAAAUAGAUUUCAUGCAUAGUAGGUUAGAAUAAUAAAGAUUGUUUUUGGAAUAGCACAGAUGGUAAAUGUAUUGAUGCCACUUUGUGUGAACCCUAUCCUAUAACUCUAACUACAGAUGCUGUUUGUAGAGAAAAAAAUAAAAAGUAUACAGUUUCAAAGAGUGGUAGUGGAUGUUAAGACAGUGCUACAAGUUGAAUAGAACAUGCGAAUAAGCUCCAGCAAGUUAUAAAACUGAUGAACAAUGUAAUAAAUAAUAUGAUGAAUUAUGUACAAAUGGAAAUGGAUGUAGAAAUAUAACUAAUUGUGCUGAUGCAAAAGUUCCAGAAGGAUGUAAGGUCAAUAAUCUUGGUUAAGCAUGUUUAUGGUUAGGAACUGAAUGUAAAGAUUACAAAUGUGAUUCUGCUCCAAUUACAUAUAAGACUAAUACAGAAUGUGAAAAUUUCAAAAAAGGAGCAGGAUGUGUAACAAAGAAAGAUGGAGGAUGUAAAGAUAAUGGAGCAUGCAGUACUCUUGAUGAAGUAGCAUGUUAUUUUGAUAAAAACGGUGGAUAAUGUGUUUUCAAUGUAACCUGUAAGGAAAAAACUUGUCCAAAUGCUCCUACUACCUUGGAAAGUCAUGAUGCAUGUACUUAAUAUAAGGAUACUUGUACAGUAAAUGCAAAUAAUAAAGGAUGUAGAGAUAGAUAAUGUGACAAUGCACCUCUAAGUAUCAAUUCGAUGAGCGAUUGUGAUAAAUAUAAAUCCAAAUGUAUUCCAAAAAAGGAGGUGGUUGUUAAACUCAUACGACUUGUGAUAAAAUUGAUAUGAAAGAAUCAUGUGUUAAGGAUUUUAAUGGCAAGGAUUGUACUUGGGAUGAUACCUUGGAAUUAUGUCUUGAUAAAACUUGUGCAAAUGCUCCUACUGACAAGAGAACUUCGCAUUAAUUAUGCUAAUCUUAUAUGUCAUCAUGUACAGUUAAUGUUUAAAAUAAUGCUUGUAUUGAUAUGAUUUUGUGAAAAUAUUGUGGAGGGUGAUGAUUGCAAAAUUGAUAAGAAUGGUGAAAAAUGUAAAUAUAAAGGAACUUGCUACCUUUAAGAAUGUCGUUUAGCAUCUGAAACUAUCACAACAUAUACUGCAUGCUAAUCAUUUAUGGAUUCAUGCACCUUGGAUAAUUCUGGUAAGGGUUUUAUGCCAAUACCUCCUACUUGUAGGGCAAUAAUAACAUAAGAUGGUUGUGUUUAAACUAAAUCAGGUUCAGAAUGUGCAUGGGCAUCUAAUAGAUGUUAAGAUAAAACAUGUAGUACAGCUCCAACAACUACAACAGAUAAUGACUUAUGCAAUACUUAUAAAUCUAAUUGUUUAGUAAAUAAUACUGCUAAUGGAUGUUUCGAUCCUACUACUUAUGCUUGUACAUCCCAUUAGAAUGAAAAUAAUUGUUAUUCAGCUGUUGGAUUAAAAUGUGUUUAUAGUCCAUAUAAGAAAUGUUAAGCUAGAAGUUGUGAUUCUGCAUCUGAUAAUACAAUUACUUUACCUAGUUCCUAAGGAUAUUUAACAACAUUUUUCAAUUCAGAUUGUGAUA